AUGGCUUCGUGCAUCCGCCAGUUGACGGGCCAUCGCGAGAGCGAGCGAUUCGCUCUGCCCAAGAGGACGUGGAUGCAGCAGCUACAACACUACGCGCCGAUCUUCCGCUGGUUGCCGCAGUACAACGUGGCUAAAGACCUCAAAUUCGACAUCGUGGCUGGUAUUACUGUGGCCAUGAUGCUCAUCCCUCAAGAAGUAUCGUUGUCGACGAUCAUGAACGUCCCAGCCCACCACGGCCUGUAUACGGCUGCCACGGCCCCCUUGGUGUACGCUGUCUUCGGCUCCAGCACGGUUCUCUCCGUCUCCAGUGGCUCUGAAGUGUCACUGCUAGUCGGUACCAUUCUCGAGGACAUUGACGACGAGAACGAACGAGUGGCCACCGGUAUCAUGAUGGCCUUCUUGAGUGGCUGCAUCCUGUUGAUCGUACGGAUGAGAUGGCCCGUUUGA